AUGGAAAGCUCUCCGAACAUCUUGGGAUGGGUCGAACCAUCACUGAAAUUUGACAAUAAUACUGUAAAUCUGAUUCAAUCCAUUGGUGUUGGUAGAACUAGUGUUGUUUAUGAAGGAAAACAUAAUGAUGCACUCGUAGCUGUAAAAGUUGCGAAAAAGGCAAAUUAUCUUCCUU